AUGUUUUAUGUCACGCUUCCAUUAAAGGGUGAAGAUGAAAAAUUGACAACAAAGAGUAGAGUAGAAAAAUACAAAGGCAAAUGUCAUCACUCUGCUUUUAAGAAUCGGGUAUUGCCAUCUACCAAGCAUGCGCAUGCUAAGAAAAAGUGCCUAAAGAACUCAUCAAAGGAAAAUCACAAGGGUGAAGAUGAAAAAUUGACAACAAAGAGUAGAGUAGAAAAAUAUAAAGGCAAAUAUCAUCACUCUGCUUUUAAGAAUCGGGUAUUGCCAUCUACCAAGCAUGCGCAUGCUAAGAAAAAGUCUCUUAAGAAAUCAUUUAGAAAAAAUGACAAGGAAUGUGAAGGUGAGAAGAGGAUGAAGAAGAAGCAUGCUUAUGAGGAUCAAGCCACCAAAAAGGGCAUUGGAAUGGCAUUUUUCCAGAGGGUAAUUUCAGUUUUUAGAAGAAAUCAGCAGUCCUCAAAGGGGAACGAGGAAAUAUUGCACUUAAGUAGUAGAAUGGCAGUUCCACAAAGCAAAAUGGAUGUUUCAGGUUUCAACAAUGGAUUACGUGACCACAUGCAGCAGAGCAGAGCUGCAAAGUGUGAUAGUUACCAAUCUGUAAUGAAGGAGAUGAAAGGAAAAGGAGAGAAGAGAUUGGCAUCAGAAAUAUCUGUAGUUACACCAGUGUUUGAAAAGGGUGCUACACUAACCCUUGAUGAACUUCAAACGGAGAUAGGCCACACUCCAAGGAGGCUCAGAACAGUAUGGCUUGAUACAAAGUACAUGGAUACGGGAAGUCCUGCAACUGAAAGCAAUAUACUGGAUACAAACCAAAAGCUACAGGAUGAAAUUGCUACCCUACAGAGAGAAAUGGAAAAAAUGAAACACGAGAAUUUCAUGCUGAAACAAGACAUGGAAACAAUGCGAGAUGAGAAUUUAGUGCUGAAAUGGGACAUGGAAACAAUGCGACACGAGAAUUUAAUGCUGAAACAAGACAUGGAAACAAUGCAAUACAAGAAUUUAAUGCUGAAACAAAACAUGGACAGACGGCAAUGGAAAGACAAACAAAAAGUGAGUGCUACAAUACCACAGAUGGAACGUCAAACAACAUCAUUAAAAGAGAUGAGAGAAGAGUUGUUAAGAAAUGUAAGUCAAAUUGGAUGUUAACUAUAUUGAAAUUUAACUUGUCAUCUUUAGGAGGCCUGGCUGUGGCAUGCUAUUUGAGUGCAGGCAUUACCAUAAGGAACAGGUACCAGCCUCUAUUCCCCACCUGAGCAGGCCUGCAGGUGUCUUCCUUUCUCUCUCCCUCUAUUUUUGACAUCCUCUGAAAUUACUCUCACCUGAUGUAAGGAAGUCGAAAAGCAGAAAGAGAAACAAUGGAAAAGUAAUAGCCAUCAGCAGCAUUGGAGUCAUAGUGCUGACACUGAGCCCCAGCAAUAAUUCUGGUGGUAAUUCAAAGACAAACAACAAAAAAAUAUCACCAUGAAUCUUAGAAUCAGUUUGCAUUGAUAGAUUUC